AUGGCUCCCUCAAAUUACAUCGGACAGCGCCUAUCUUAUGACGGAAAUCUCUGCACUGUCCGCUACGUAGGAGAAGUUCGCGGUACCAAAGGCGGGUGGUUAGGUGUAGAGUGGGAUGAUCCAACAAGAGGAAAACACUCGGGAGAGCAUGGUGGAGUGAAUUAUUUUGAGUGCCUCAGAAAAGAAUGCGCACCAGGCUCAUUCGUCCGUCCGAAUCGGCCAGUAGAUCCACCACGAGACUUCGUAGAGGCACUGCGGCAGAAGUACGCUUCUGAAGUCAACGGCCAUGUGCGCGACUUGGUGGGUGCUGCUGUUACGGCACCUCGGCAGCAGGAAGAGCAGUCCAUCAGGAUCAGCGGCAAAGAGGUCGAAGAAGUCGGGUUCGACAAGAUCCGAGAGCAACUUGCUAACCUCCAUGAGCUUCGAAUCGUGAUAUUGGACGGACUUUGUGUGGCACGUCCACUCUCACGAAAGACCAGCCCCGCCGUUGAAGGCUCAGAAGAUGCUUUGGAUACUGCGGAUGAUAUCCGCACGACCUGCCCCAAGAUCGCGGAGCUUGACCUGAGUAGGAACCUCUUCGAGGAAUGGCGCGAGGUUGUGUCAAUUUGCCGACAGCUAAACAAUCUCAGCAGUCUGAAGGUUGACGGCAAUCGGUUCAGAGAUCCGACCCUUUCCCCUGAAGAGAAUGCACGAUAUGACCAUCUGGCCCGUAGAAUCCAAACGCUAAGCUUGGAUGAUACUCUCAUGAGCUGGCAAGACAUAUCUGGUCUCACCUCCGCUUUCUCCAACCUCACUUCACUCACCGCGUCGAGAAAUGGCCUCGUUUGCCUCCGCGGUGACUCGCUGCCAACAACUCUUUCAUCUCUCACGCUUGAAGACAAUGAUUUCAAGGCACUUGGGGAUCUAAGACCCCUAACAGCGUUGGCCAGCCUUCAAAAACUACUGCUGAAGAACAAUGCAAUCUCAAAAAUCAACGAGGCCUCAACGAACGAAGACGCGAGCCUUCCAGUCUUCCCCAGUACUCUCGCCUACGUUGACCUCUCUCACAAUAUUAUCGAUACAUGGUCAUUCAUCGACCAACUUCACGACGUCUUCCCCGGCAUGACCUCUCUGAGGGUAUCCCACAACCCCCUCUACCAGAACCUGCGCUCCGCAGAUGACAAGCCACUCAGCGUAGACGACGGCUACAUGCUCACUCUCGCGCGGCUGAGCCGCCUCAAGACGCUCAACUACAGCCCGAUCACGCCCAAAGAGCGCCUGAACGCAGAAACCUACUACCUCUCACAGAUCGCGAAAGAGCUAUCUCUCAGCUCAGAAGAUAAGACGCUCGAGAUCCUCUCACGACAUAGACGCUAUGCAGAGCUAUGCGCCGAGUACGGCGAGCCGACCAUCCAGCGGACGACGGCGCAGUCGAUCGACCCAAAUUCUCUCGCGGCGCGCUUGAUGAAACUGAACUUCCUCCUCCACGGCACCGCGGCGGCUAAGGCGGCCAGUGCAGCAUCGUCGAGCUUCUCGAUCGAGGUGCCAAAGAGGUUUACUGCCUAUACUGUGCUGGGGCUUGUGGGGAAGCAACUUGGCCUGCCGCCGAUAAAGCUGAGGUUGGUGUGGGAGACUGGAGAGUGGGAUCCUCCGGCCAAGGAUCAGCUUGCGGUGGAUGAGCUGUGGGAUUCGGAUGACGAGAUCGAGGAUGAGAUCGUGCGAGGGAAGAGGGAGCGGAAGGGCGUGCCUAGGGAAGUGGAGAUAGUUGGCGGCACAAGGAGCAUCAGCACUUGGGUUGAUGGGAGUGAGGCCGACAUCAGGGUAGAGAUGAAGUAA